AUGAAUUAUAAACAUUGUCCAUCUGAUGAGGAUUGGGAAAGAGGGGAAAGCAUAUGUGAAUUAUUAGAACCAUUUUAUGAAAUCACAAAAUUGAUAUCAGGAUCUUCAUAUCCAACUGCAAACUUGUAUUUUAUGCAAGUGUGGAAAGUUGAGUGCAUCUUAGAAGAAAACCAAGAUCAAGCUGAUGAUGUUAUAAGGGAGAUGGCUACAGAUAUGAAAACAAAAUUUGACAAAUAUGGGAAAGAAUAUAGUGUAGUACUAGCCUUUGUAGUUAUUCUUGAUCCACGCUUGAAGGUUCCCUUUUUGAAGUAUUGUUACACUACUCUUGAUGCUUUAACCUGCAAUGUUAAGCUUAAGAAUGUGGAGGACAAAUUUAGAGUGCUUUAUCAAGAAUAUGUGAACAUUUUCAAUCAUCAAAGUGUUGUCCUCUCUCAAUCAUCCCAAGAUUCCAACUCAUUGUCUAAGUCAUCUAGAGAGGGAAGCAAGACUAAGAAAUGUAAAAUCAUAAGUGGUUUUAAAAAUUUUCAGAAUCAACCUAUAUCUGACACUGGGAAGAGUGAGUUAGAUGCAUAUCUUGAAGAAAAGUCAAUUGAAGUUGAUGAAGAACACUAUGAAGAUUUUGAGGUACUUCUUUAUUGGAAGAUUAAUGAGAAAAAGUAUCCUGUACUCUCCUUAAUGGCACGAGAUGUGCUAAGUAUUCCUAUCACCACAGUAGCAUCAGAGUCUUCCUUUAGUAUUGGUGGACGUGUUCUCACCAAAUAUAGAAGUUCUACUCUUCCUGAUCACAUUCAAAUGUUGAUUUGCACUCGAAACUGGUUACAUGGAUUUUCUGAAAAUCUGAAUGAUGAGGAUGGAUACAAUGCUUCUAUUUGUGAGGAUGAAUCAAAUGCUAUUAUCAUCAACUCAUGA